AUGGCUACUGUUUUUCCAUUUAUUUCCAUAACACUGUGGUUGGGGACAACUACAGGGAAGGGUUUUGGUUGUUUGUUUUCUGUUUUUUUCCUGGGGGAUGGUGGAUGUUCAAGGUGGGUGGAAGUGGGUAUCCAACAGCGGCUGGGGUUUUGCUUAGGAAGUUUUAUUAAGGCAAAGAGAAAAGCAGGGGGGGGGGGGGGGUUAGCUUGGCCGGGGAAGUUGGGGGCACAAGGGCACAAUUACUUUGGCUUCUCUGUUGGAUAUCUCUGCAUGCGUACAAGUCUUAGUGAAUGUUCGUUGUAUUCUGCAAGGGGGUCCCUGAAGAUAUUGCAAUCUACAGAUAUGCUACAUUCAUACAAGAACCGGCUGCAACAGUAUGCUCAAAAGAAAAAUAUCACUUUACCUGAAUAUUCUUGUGAACUUGAUGGCCCUCCUCAUUCUCGUCGCUUCAAGUCAAGCGUCACCAUUGAUGGAAGAACUUUCAAAGCCUUGGAAUUUUUUUCCACAUUAAGGGAUGCUGAACAUGCAGCUGCAAAAGAUGACGGAUUGUACAAGAAUCUUCUACAAGAAUUGUCUCAAAAGGAGGGGUUCCUCUUUCCCACAUAUGAUACAAUUAAAACUGGUCCACCUCACGAUUCAACUUUUUUGUCAACUGUGGAAAUAGGAGGUGAAAUGUUCAAAGGAGGGGAAGCUAAAAGCAAGAAGCAGGCAGAGAUGAAUGCUGCAAAAGCUGCUUACACUGCUCUGACAGAUCGGAGAGCAAUUCAGAACUCUACUGUUCUUUCCCCUGGUUGUUACAUACUGAAAGCUUCAGGAGUCAUAUCUUCCAGUGUCCAGUCCAUUGUUCCUUAUGAAUUGCAACCAAAUAUCAAUCCAAAAGCCAGCCUCAUAAUUUGUGAGGAACAGGCAGAGGAAGAGAAAGGCGGGGCAUCUAAGAACCCUAAACUUCUUUCCCCUGGUUGUCAUGUGGAGGAAGAGUUGAAUGUCUUGCCCUCCUGUGUGCGGUCCAUUGCUACCAAUGAUUUGCAACAGAAUAGCAGACAGAAAGCCAAACUUGUAAUGGAUGAAGAACAAGAGACAGAAGAGAAAGAAAUAGAUAUAAAUGCAAAAAGAUUCAGAUGCUCCCCUUCGUCAGACACUGCAUAUGCCCAUCUGCUUGAUCCUUUUCCUUCUACCACUUCUCCAUCUGAAGGUGAGCUGUCUUCACCUUCUCCAGUGGAGCACUCAACUAGUUCAGUUGUGGAGGAUACUGAUACAGCAGCUGGAGCUGGUACCUUAAUUCGCAGCAAGGUCAUCGUUUGUCCACGCAAGUCAAGCAUGGCAUUUACUGAUGGUGCUACUGAAUUGCCUUUUAGCGAUGACAAAUGGGUGGCGUUGAGGGUGGACAUAAAUCAGAGUGGUUAACUAUCUACAUAUUCCUGUCCUGUUUCUUUUGUUAUGGCUGUUACCUUUUGGUAGUUGUUUUAACUUUGAAUAAUUAAUACGUUUUAACUAAAUUUCCUGGUGAGGAAUGAUCAAAUCUUUUUCCAGUGUAGAUACCAAGACGUUUGGUUCACCCUGAGCUAAAGAAUAGUUUUGGUCAGCUGAUUCACUUGUCUUGUGGGGUUUACAUUUCUUUUGAAAUGUUGGGUAACUCGGCUUAGGUCUCGGGUCUUGGCGUCCCAAUUGCCACAAUGCACGUGUUUCUGGAUAAAUGUACACGAUAAAUUUAAGUUGUAGGUAUGAGUUUAAAGGG